AUGUGUGUUACCUGGGAUUUGUUUCCAAAAAAAAACAAGAAAGAAAUUGCCGAGACACAACAAUUUUACUGGUCACCAACUGAACUUGGUUUCAUGGAAAGUGCAUUCUUCUAUGGUUAUGCUAUCACACAAAUACCAGGUGGUAUGCUUGCUGCCAAAUUUGCACCAAAUGUAUUAUUUGGAUUUUCAAUACUUAUUGCUGCUGUAUUAAAUUUAUUCCUAGCAUUAGCAUUGAGUGCACAUCCUCACACUGAUUUCAUUGUCCUUGUCAUACAAAUAUGUCAAGGCCUUUCAUUGGGAGUAAGUUAUCCAGCAAUGCAUGGUGUUUGGCGGCAUUGGGCACCACCAAUGGAGCGCUCCAAACUUGCUACAACCACAUUUACAGGUGGAUAUCUGGGAGUAAUGAUUGGUCUACCGAUUUCUGCUUAUCUUGUUUCGUAUAUCGAUUGGUAUGCGCCUUUCUAUUUUUUCGGAGUUGCGGGGAUAUUAUGGUUCCUAAUCUGGUUCGCUGUUAGUGCACCAACACCAGAAAACAGUAAAUCGAUUUCGGAUGACGAGAAACGAUUUAUUAUUGAACAAGUUGGACAAGUCACAUCUUCACCAGCAACGCUAACAACGAUCCCGUGGAAGGAGAUUCUGUUAUCGCCACCGGUAUGGGCAAUUGUUAUCAGUAAUUUCUGUCGUUCCUGGACUUUCUUCCUACUGCUCGGCAAUCAAUUAACAUACAUGAAAGAUUUGCUGCACCUUGAAAUACAAAGCGGUGGCUUGAUCUCAUCGUUGCCGCAUGCUUUUAUGUCAAUAGUUGUGUUGGCUUCAGGUCAAAUGGCCGACUAUCUUCGUUCCACUGGUAAAAUGUCAACUCAAACUGUCCGCAAAUUAUUCAACACGUUGGGUUUCGGUGGUGAAGCGCUAUUCCUCUGCUGCUUAUCUCUUAUUAAUGAACCAUCUGCUGCAGUUACCACAUUAAUAUUUGCUGCAGGAUGCAGUGGCUUUGGUAUCGCAGGGUUCAACGUAAAUCACUUUGACAUAGCACCACGGUACGCUCCCAUUCUGAUGGGUUUCUCAAAUGGUAUUAGCGCUCUGGCCGGUGCUAGUGGUUUCAUUCUGGAACACCUCGUCGCUGCGCAGGGUACCGAAGCAGGUUGGAGGAUAUCAUUUCUGAUAGCAGCUGUAAUUGAUCUCACUGCCAUGAUCACAUUUCUCAUAUUCGCUAAAGGAGAACUUCAACAAUGGGCCAAGGAAAAGGAGCCUCAGCAAAGCAUGGAAGAUAUUGUUCGUCGACUAUCAUAUAUCAUGCGACGAGUGUCAUCUCGUCGACGACCGGAAUCAAGCGUAAAGCAUGAACGACUGUGCGAAGAGGAUGAAGCCAAAUGUGACUGGUCUACAAGGACAACGAUAGAUAAGGGGAUCCCGGGACUAAAGAAGGUGAAACUUCGAAGCUUUAUGAUAUUAGUCGGAGGGAAAUUUAACCUUAGUUCGAAAUCACUAAUAUUCGCCUAUUAA